GGGCGGGUAAACGUCAUCGGUAUUUUUCCUUUUGCUUGUUUGGUUCCUUAAAGUGGAUUGUAGCUGUCAGUAGCACUCAGGGAAGCUUCAUUAGCCGUCAGGGUGGGAGGCAAGGCUGUGACUCAUGCCUGCGUGAAGAGACCAAUGGGCAGCCGGAUCCUCAGAUAUAAAUAACGAAUAAAAAUAUUCUUGAGUGAGAAAGGGUCACUUGCGCGCCGCCGGAUGGGAUUUUAUCAGUGCGCUCUGUUGAUAUUCCGCCAUCGCCACCACUGGACUGUUUCUUGUCGCGCCUUCGGGUGGCAGUUGUAACAUUUAAGUUGUACUUUGUCUGGACUCGACAACCUGUGCGCCUCGUGAGCCGCUGAAUAAUUCCCGCACCCGGAAACCAAAGUAACACAGGACUGAUGGCUACGUCUGAGCCGAGAGCCGCCGGCGGGGAACAAGACCCCAACUCAGCUAAUUUAAGACCUCCGACCACAACCAACGAAUACGCGUGGAUGCACGGAUGCACAAGGAAACUGGGGAUGAAGAUUUGCGGGUUCCUGCAGAAGAACAACAGCCUGGAGGAGAAGGGGAGGCUCGCGGGCCAGAAGAACUUGCUCUCGUGCGAUAACAGCGACAGGGACGCGCGCUUCCGCCGUACCGAGACCGACUUCUCCAACCUGUUCGCGAGAGACCUCCUGCCGGCUAAAAAUGGAGAAGAGCCCACCAUGCAGUUUUUGCUGGAGGUGGUUGACAUCCUUACCAACUAUGUCAAGAAGACUUUCGACCGUUCUACAAAGGUUUUGGAUUUCCACCACCCUCACCAGCUUCUGGAGGGGAUCGAGGGCUUCAACCUGGAGCUGUCAGACCAGCCCGAGUCCCUGGAGCAGAUCCUGGUGGACUGCAGAGACACGCUCAAAUAUGGCGUCCGCACAGGUCACCCACGCUUCUUUAACCAGUUAUCUUCUGGCCUAGACAUUAUUGGUCUGGCUGGAGAGUGGCUCACCUCCACCGCCAACACCAACAUGUUCACCUAUGAGAUCGCCCCGGUGUUUGUGUUGAUGGAACAGCUGACUCUGAAGAAAAUGAGAGAGAUGAUUGGUUGGCCAAACGGAGAGGGUGACGGCCUCUUUUCCCCAGGGGGUGCUAUCUCCAACAUGUACAGUGUGAUGAUCGCACGGUACAAGUAUUUCCCAGAGGUGAAGACCAAGGGCAUGUCUGCUGCUCCCCGCCUUGUCCUUUUCACAUCUGAGCAUGGAAUCCUAGCAGGCUGCAACUCCAUGUGCGCUGGCUACCUCUUCCAACCAGACAAACAAUACGACGUUACAUAUGACACAGGGGACAAGGCCAUCCAGUGUGGCCGGCAUGUGGACAUCUUUAAAUUCUGGCUCAUGUGGAAAGCCAAGGGCACCACUGGGUUUGAGCAGCACAUUGACAAGUGUUUGGAUCUGUCUCAGUACCUAUACAACAAGAUCAAGAACAGGGAGGGAUAUGAGAUGGUGUUUGACGGAGUGCCGCAGCACACCAACGUUUGCUUCUGGUACAUUCCACCCAGCCUGAGAGGCAUUCUUUUUGACCGAAUGUUUUGA